CCUCGGUAUUUAGACGCGCGUGCAUAUCACAAAGGUUUCGAUAUUCACCGGCAAUCUUUGCCGCAUUGGUUCCGCCUUCACUCCAGCUGAUCGGCCUUGAUUACCUGGUGUGGUCCGUCGGACUUUCCGCGACCGUUAAUUAUAAAUUAUCAAUUAAAAACUGUAUGGUUGACAGCGGCAGCUAGUUUCAGGAAAGCACUCCAUGUUCGUUGACAUUUUCAUCCGGAUAUUUUUUAUUUUAUUUUUUACUGUGGAUGUUAUUUCUUUAGUUCGUGUCUUGGAAUCGCUCUACAGUACCAUAACUAGGCCGCAACCCAAUCCCCGGUGUCACCUACGUGCAUUUAACGUUAACUAGCCAUCGACUGGAGACAACCAUGGGGGACACAGGCAGUGAACGAAGCAAGCCGCCACCACGCUGUUCGUGUGGAUUUUGGGGGUUCAGCAAAACCAUGAACCUUUGCUCCAAAUGUUUUACGGACAUUGAGAAGAAGCAGCCAGGCGAGGACUGUGCCCCAGAGCCUGCCCUCAGCUCAAGCAACAGCCAGUCAGUCAUCUUCUAUAGCGAAUCAAGCAGCAGCAGUAGCCAAUCCCUUUCGUCAGCGCCUGUCAGCUCAGAGGACCCGUUGCCCGGAGACACAGAAGCCACGCCUCUACCUGAACAAGAUGAAGUCUCCAGCACAGACACAGCCCAAGGCAUACUAGUAUCCACCCCCACAAAACGGCCCUGCAACUCAGCCUCUGAGUCAGAGAGUGACGCAUCCCCAGAGAAGAGCGCACGGGUGGGCCCCGGGUCUAAGGAGUCGUCAUCUACCCACGGAGUUCCCAAGCAGAAGAGAAGCCGGCGCUGCCACCGAUGCCAAACCAAACUGGAGCUGGUACAGCAAGAGCUGGGCUCCUGCCGCUGUGGCUAUGUGUCCUGCAUGCUCCACCGGCUGCCCGAGCAGCACAACUGCCUCUUCGACCACCUGGGGCGCGGGCGCGAAGAAGCCGUCCUCAAGAUGGUCAAGCUGGAUCGCAAGGUGGGCCGCUCAUGCCAGCGCAUCGGUGAGUAGUGCUCCUGAACCCCACCCCCCAUCCACAACCCCGAUGAUGAAAGCAAGGAAGAGGAAAGAGACUGCGUCCUAAAUCAUUCAUCUUUAUCCAGAAAUGUACAGACCCCGUCAUGGAUUUCUUAAAAGUAUAGGAUUGGUGUUAAAGCAUUGGCUGCGUUGUUAAAUCAAUGUGAGAAAGUGUGUAAGUGGAGACUUCGGGGAAAAGGUGGCAAAUGGGGACGGAGACAAAUGCUCACUUUAUACUCACUUUUCUCCCCAGUGCCCCUUUUUGUUGUGACAAUGCUCUUACCUCAAAUAAGCAGACAAAGCACUUCUAGUUUUCGCGCCCCGACAAGGGACUGCUAAAGUCACCUAUCUGUCACUUCCCGGUCUGCCAACCUCAUAAUAAAGACCAGAGCCCCCUCAUUUCAUCACUAUUAUCACAGAGUGGGAUGAAGUUAACCCCUAAACACUGAUCUAAGGUCAUUUUUUAGUUCCAGUCAACCCAGUGAUUAAGGGUAUGAUGCAAGGUUAAGUUGAUCUUAGAUCUGUACCUAAGGGGGCACCUACCACCCCAAGAAAUCUCUUGAAUCUCUCUCCCUCCACUGUUUUGUGAUUUUUGAGCGUAUCACACCCACCACUGCUUCUCAGCCUUAACCCCUCCCAUCUCAAAUCAAAUCAAGUUUAUUUUAUAUAGCCCUUCGUACAUCAGCUAAUAUCUCGAAGUGCUGUACAGAAA